UUACCUUUGUUUUAAAAUCUUUUACAAUCGAUUUUACAAGCAAUUUAAAUGGUUUUCAAAAGGGAUCUAAAUGGUUUGAUUCUUUGAGAAUGUGUUUGAGUAUUGAUGAGACUUUUCACUUUUCACAAAGCUUCCAAGUAGGUAAUGAUGUUUGCAAUGUACUACUCUAUUUGCAUUUCUAGAGUUGUUCGUUUACAUGAUUUAAUUUUACAUGCGUUUUAAAGCUUCUUAAAGCUGUUUUACAAGCAGUUUAAAAGCUUACAAAGGGGUUGUAAAUGGUUUGAUUUUUUUGAGAAUGCUUUUUGAUGGAGAUGUUUUAAUUGUUUUUCUAUCUUUCCUGCAACAGAGUGAAAAAUGAGUCAACCUACAAAGAGGCUGUUUCUCCCAAAAAGACUGAUUGACCCAGGGAAUGAGGUGGAUAAUUUGAAAAGAAUAUCAAAGUAUUCUUCAGAGAAACUUGUAUUGAAUGUUGUCAAGGAUUCACUUAGUCCCACUGAGUUCAAUCGGAUUCAGAAUUCUUUCUUGGGACCAAUCAUAGAUUUUGCGGAACGUGAAGGGAUCUGUUUCUCAUCACAGCUGGUCCAUCACUUUCUUCAGAGAAGAAUAAUGGUUAACAAUGAGGAGUUGUGGUUUGUCUUCUCAGAACAACCCCUCAGAUUUUCUCUGAGGGAGUUUGUUAUUACUACAGGGCUGCCUUUGGGUGAUGAUGCAUCACAAAGCCAGUCAAUAUGAAAAAAGAGAAAGAAAGAAGAUACAUGGAUGAAGGAUGGUUUAAGUUUGAAAGAUCUCCUUAAUACCUUGUCUACAAAACGCAAUGCGAUGGAUGCUGAUGAGAGGGUUAGGUUAGGUGCUCUGAUUCUAGUGGAGGGCAUCUUAAUUGCUUCAAACCCUGUAAACAAUAUAGAGAAAGAACAUCUGGUAAGAGCUAGUAGUUUCACAGAGUUCUGCAAGUAUCCGUGGGCUCGCAUUGUUUACGGGUCUUUGGUGGAUUGCUUGAAGAAGAUAACUCCGACUCAAUUGUUUAGAAACCAAUGUGGGCUUCCUGGGUUUGUUUUUGCAAUCCAGAUUUGGGCUUUAACCGCAGUUGCAGAGUUGGGACAGAAUUUUGGCAGUCGGGUCCUAGAACCCAACGACAAUCGUCCACUGAUUUCGCAAUGGAUGACAACAAAAUGCCCAACUAAGAAAGAUAUAGCAAAAGUUACAAAGGUUGCAACGUUUGAUAUUAAACAUAUCAUUGGCGAUCCUGAACAAUAUUCUCAUUUGGUUCUCCCCCCAAAUCCAGAAGACAAGGACUGGUUUGAAGUCUUUGACCUUGUAGUCCAAGGUUAUAGGAUGACCAGGCAACAAUGGAUUCAUGGUUGGAUUGAGGUUGCAGAAUGGAAAACGCAAAAGCCUGUGAAUCAGCCUAGACAAAGGCAACCAAAGUCUGAGACUGUAAAUCAGACAAAACCAAGGAAAUCAAUGUCUGAUAGUGAAACACUAGAAUUGAUCUACAAGGCAUGUUUAGAAUUGAACAAGAGAAUGUUGGUGGUGGAGAAACAUUUAGGGAUCAAAGAACCUGAUGCCAGGGAUGAUGAAGAAAAGGAAUUCCCAGCUUCGUCAAGUGGAGUUAACAAAAAGACUGAAGAAGAGUUUAUAAUUGUCUCUGAUGAUGAAGAAGAGGUUGAAAUACCAAUCAACAAUCAAGAAAACAAACAAACAGAGACCAGAGAAGAAUCAUGCAGUCCACCUGAUGAAGAUUCACACGAAAAUGUGAAUGAUGAAAAGGUUGCUCAAGAAGAGGGAGCCACGGAUGAGGUUCCACAUGCUAAUGAAGAAAACGAUCCACAAUGCUCGAAUGUCAAUGAUAAGGUUUCUCAAAAAAAGGAGAAACAACAUGAAGAGAUGAGAAACAUGGAUGGGGCUCCACAGGGAACUCAAGAAAGUGAUUCACAACGAUCAAAUGUGAAUAAUAAGGAUUUUACAACUUAUUUAUAG